AUGGGUCGCGGAUGUGGAGACGAAAAAAACGGCUUCAAGGUGAAGCGUUUUCGCUCGGAUGGAGGUGGCGAAUACACCGCUCGGGAGCUCGGCGAUUGGUUGAAAGGGCGUGGGACCGCGCAUGAGUUUUCUGCGCCGUACACGCCUCAACAAAAUGGAGCCGCCGAACGCUUGAAUCGCACGCUCAUGGAGUCGGCACGAAGUCUCCUCUCCCAUGCUCACGCGGAGAAGCAUUGGUGGGGAGAGGCGGUUACGUUGGCAACUUGGAUUCGCAACCGGUGCGUGACCAAGGCGUUGCCCAACAAGACGCCUCUUGAGGCUUGGAGCGGUACGAAGCCGGACGUCACCGACCUUCGCACGUUUGGGUGUACGUGCUACUACCAUGUCCCGGAUGCUACACGGACCAAGCUUGAGGCGAAGGCGCGGGUGGCGAUGUACUUGGGUCCAAGCGCGGAUCACAAGGGGUGGCGCGUGUGGGACUUGGAGCACGGGAAACUCGUGGUGUCGCGCGACGUGGUGUUCUACGAAGACACCUUCCCCUCCAAGUCUACGAACGUGCCCUCGGUCAUCAUCGUCCCUCCACCCUUGGAUGCCGCGGAUGAGGCGGAUGAAGCUCCUACGACUCCUCCUCCUAGUGCGAGUGAGGGGGAGAAUGGAUCGGGUGCGGUUGGAGUGAGUGAGGAUGAAGGAAAUGCCAAGGAACGUGACCCUUCGUCUCAUCCUCCUCGUAUCACUCCCACCCUCGCAUCCACUCGCACUCGAAGGAACCCUCAUCCCAACUCCAAGUUCGAUGACCACUCUCUUGUGGCGGGGGACGAUGAGGGAGGGGGAGACGCUAUGUGUCUUGAGGCGUACACCGACACCCCGUCCACCUACCAUGGCACCCUGAGCUCGGCGGAAGUGGCGGAAUGGGAACGUGCGCUUCAAGAAGAGACCACAUCCACCAUGUCGACUUCACCCACCCAGUCCGCCUCCUCGAAUCCUCUCCUGCCUUCCCCUGAACCUUCUUCUGACGCCGUUUUAAGCAUCCCCGACAAGCUGCAAACAACCAGCCCCGUUAAAAGAUCAGCCAGUUCCCGGCAGGCCGCGCCGGCGAAAUCACCUUCACACAGCCCCACGCGCUCGACCUCCGCUCCCGCCUCGCACGCCGUCCCGCUCGGCGACAUUCCCGGUGCUUCUUCUGUCGCGUGGCUGCGCGACACGUGGCAUGAGCACGCCAACCGCUCAUUGGCGCUCGCUACGAAGCUCACCGGGUUUCAAGGCUGCCCAUCUCCCGUCGGAACCCCUGGUUCCCUGACCAAUGGCGCUGCAUUUUCCUUUUCGUCGUCCUCUCUCUCAUCAUCUCUCCCGUCUUUCAGUAAAAGUAGUUCCUUCAUCAGUACUGCUGGUUCUCUUUGUGGAAAGAAGCGGCUCGCGAGCUCCCGGGAGAUCUGGGUCGUUCUCCUCUCCUUCCUCUCGCUGCUUCUCCUCGCCGACAUGCUGCGAAAGAACCACAUGUUACUGUUACAAUCCGCGACCGUGGGGAUCGAGUUCCUCUUCGUUCUCUCGCGCGAGAGCGUGUACGCGCGUGGCUUGCGCGUGCUCUCCGCGUGGGAGAGAGACUCCGGAGUGCGCUUCGCCAACGUGGCAGUGGUCAACAUGGAGGAAGAGGAAAUCGCGCGCUUCAAUAUGACGCGUCGAUUAUUCCCCUUGGCGGUUCCGCACGCGCCGGGCCAUUUAGAAUGGAAUCACCUGUAUCCAGAGUGGAUCAACGAGACGAUACCAAACAGCUGCCCGUAUCUGCCCGAAGCGCGCUGGCAGAGCGGGCGAAAGCAGGCGGACGCGCUAUUGGCUCGAGUGGAAUGUCGCGAGCCGGUAACCGGAUGGGCGAAGGACGUGGAGUGGCAGCACAUGUUACUGUCGCUGGCGAAUCUCGUCGUUCAGGCCGAUAAGCCGUGGAUGCCGCUCGUCCUCAUUUCCGACUGCCGGCCGCCGUUAAAUCUCCUGCCGUGCGACCGGCUGGUUAAACGGGACGGGCCGGUCUGGCUGUACAACCUGACGGCCAGCGAUCUCAGAACUCGGCUGCAACCGGCAGGAUCAUGCGCCAUGGCGCAACCGACACUGACGGCCGAGGAGCCGCCCGCUAUAGGCACAGUGGCGUACGCGACGGUGCUUCACACGGUGGAGAACUACGUGUGCGGCGCGAUCGUGCUGGGGCACAGCAUUCGGCGCAGCGGCAGCCGCCACGACAUGGUGGCGCUGGUUUCACCGGAAAUCACCAACCGCAGCCGCGACGCGCUGCGCGAGGCGGGGUGGAUCGUGAAGGAGAUCGAACGGAUCAGAAACCCUUACGGCAGCAAGACGUCGUACAACCAGUACAACUACAGCAAGCUGCGCCUGUGGCAGCUAACAGAAUACGCGAGGGUGGUAUUCGUGGACGCGGAUCUGCUGGUGCUGCGCAAUCUCGAUCAUCUCUUUGCCUUCCCCGACGUGGCGGCGCGAGGCAACGAUCAGACGGACUUCAACUCGGGCCUCAUGCUGCUGCGCCCCUCCCUCUGCACCUUCCGCGAGCUGCUCGCCAACGUCCACACCAUCCGCUCUCCCAACGGCGGUGACCAGGGCUACUUAAACAACAUUUUCACGUGGUGGCACCGCCUGCCCAACUCGUACAACACUCUGAAGCACAUCUGGGCGUCUGACCCAAAGGAGCGAGCGCUCGAGCUGGAGAUGAAGAACCGGUGGUUCUCAGAGGAGCCGGCGGAGAUCCACACCAUCCACUACCUCGGCCGCAAGCCCUGGCAGUGCUACCGCGACUUCGACUGCACGUGGCUGUACCCUUGGGACCAUAAUUUCGCUAACGAAGCAGCUCAUAAGCGGUGGUGGGCCAUGCAUGAUACCAUGCCGGAUAGCCUGCAGCAGAUGUGCUGGCUGAGGAAUGAGGACAAGACGGAGAUGGAGUAUAGAAAGAGGGGCCUUGAGGCUAAGAACGCGCCUCCGGGGUUUUGGAAUUUCACUGUGACGGAUCCGAGAAAGGAUUACUGCUUCCCCGGGCAGAAGACGUGCAAGUGGGAGCUUUACCUGGAACACUGGGCGCGGCGGUAG